AUGUUUGUAUGUGAUGAAACCCUGAGCAGCGGGGAGAUCGCUGAUGUCAACACCGUGCCUUGGCCUGCGCUGUGCAGGGCGACGUACUGGCUGGUGGGCGCGGCGCCCGCCUGGUUCCACGCGAGCAACGUGCUGCUGCACGCGGCCGCCUCGCUGCUGUUCGCGCGAGCGUGCUGCGCCGUCGCGGGGCUGGCGCCCGCCUUCGCCGCCCUCGCCGGCGUCAUCUUCGCUGCGCACCCCGUGCACACGGAAGCGGUGACGGGGAUCGUGGGUCGCGCCGAUGUGCUGGCUUGUGUUUUCUUAUUAUUGUCGCUGCUCGCCUAUCACGGGCGUGAGCAGCCGCGCCUGUGGACCAGCGUGCUGCUGGCGGCGCUGUCCAUGCUGGCCAAGGAGACGGGCGUGGCCGCCCUGCUCGUCAACCUGCUGUUCGACGCCUACCGCUCCUGGAGCUCCCUCAAGAAGAGCCUGGUGGAGGCGCGCUGCAACACCGAGACGGUACUCUUUAGUCGAAGGGCAGCCAAAUUGCUGAUGGCGCUGAGCGCGCUACUUGUGUUCCGUUUGGCGCUGCUCCAAGGUUCGCUGCCACGCUUCUCCAGCCAGGACAACCCCGCUGCAUUCCACCCCAGCAGGCUCGUCCGGUUCCUGACGUUCUGCUACCUGGCGGCGUUCAACUGCUGGCUGCUGCUGUGCCCGGCCACGCUGAGCCACGACUGGCAGAUGGGCUCCGUGCCGCUCGUCACCCAGCUGUCCGACUCGCGCAACCUGGCCACCGCCGUCUUCUUCGUCUGCAGCCUCGCCGUCGUCUACCGCGGGCUCAGCGACCUCGAGCACCAGCGGCCUCCGGCGGUCUUCCUGAGCGUGCUGCUGCUCGCUCUGCCCUUCCUGCCCGCCACCAACCUGCUGCUCACCGUCGGCUUCGUCGUGGCUGAGCGCGUCCUCUACAUGCCCAGCCUGGGCGCCGUGCUGGCUGCCUGCUACGGGGCGCAGCUGCUGUGGGCCGGCUGCGGCGGCUGCAGGGCGCGCCUGUGCGCCGUGGGCGCCGCCUCGCUGCUGCUGGCCGCCGCCUUCUGCGGCCGCUCGCUGCUCAGGAACCGCGACUGGGCCUCGCGGGAGACGCUCGUCAGGGCCGGCCUGAGAGCCCUGCCCCAUAACGCCAAGAUGCACUACAACCUGGCCAACGUGCUGCGGGACGCGGGCAACGCCGACCUGGCCGCCGAGCACUACCGCGAGGCUCUCAGGCUGUGGCCGACGUACGCGAGCGCGCACAACAACCUGGGGACGCUGCUGCGUGCGGACGAGGCGGAGGCGCACUUCCUGGCCGCCAUACGACACGCGCCCGGCCACGUGCACGCCCACUACAACCUGGGACAGCUCUACCGGAGGGACAACCGCACGGAGGACGCGGCCGUGAUGCUGGAGCGCUGCAUCCGGCUGGACUCGGGCUACACGCCGGCCUACCUGCUGCUGGCGCGGCUGUACGCAGGCGCCGGCCUGCAGGCCAGAGUGGGCGAGCUGCUGCGGCAGUUGGUACGCCUGCAGCCGCUGUCAGCCGACCGGCUCGCCGACUACGGCGAUUGGUUGCUGCAGCAAGGUCGGCGGCUGGAGGCGCUGCAGCUGUACCAGAGGGCGCUGGCAGUGUCCUGCACGCACCGGGCCGCGCUGCUGGGGGCGGCCAGGAUCCUACGAUCGCAGGGCCAGCUGGCGCGCGUGCACCAGCUGCUGCUCAGGAGCCUGGCGAUGUCUCCACAACACCGUGGCGGCCUCGUCUACACGGGGGACCUGCUCUUGCGGUCGUGGCAGCUGGGCUCCGCCUACCACCAGGAGAACGUCCCUUCUCAUCCUCCUAGGAACGCGGACGACACCUACAGGGAACAUGAAGCGGCACCGGCUAGGCAGCCGCCCGAGAGGCCGAAGACGAGCCGGCGGCCCGGCGCGAGCGACAAGUGGCGGCGGCGCGCGCCCAGCCGCAACCGCACGCUGGUGCUGCGGCCCGGCUCCGCGCCGCGGCCCGGACCUGCCGGCGAGGCGGAAGGCGUCGCGGGCUACCACUACAGCUACUGGUCGGAGGAGCACUUCCCGCCGCUGUCGCUGCCUACGGAGGAGGACUUCUCGACGGAGCUGACCACGGGAUGA